AUGCGUCUGCUUAUCCUUGCACUGGUAUCUAUGUGCGGUGCCACAGAUUACCAAUACUCGGCAGUGAACAAGAAAAACGACGUAGAGUACGGGGAACGCUUGUCAAGCCUAGAAAAUGGUGAGUUGGAUAUAAUACGGUUGCGUAUGCCUAGUAACAAGAGUAAGCUUCUGCAUCGGUCGACACGCUGCACCACAGGAAAACCCAUAACAAUGGACCCUAACUAUAUACCGAGCAGUGACGAAGAGGACAGAAAAAAGUCUGAGAAUUCAAAGGAUGCUAAGGACGAUAUUGCCACGGAAGUUUCAGGGACGGCAACGAAGAAACUUUAUAAGGCGCCGCCCACCGUAAAAAACCCUGACCAUUACAUCGACGAUGAC